AUGCCACCGAGACCUAACAUGCCACCAGGAGCUACUGGUUUAUCUUCUAAUGGUGCUAGCAGUUCUAAUAAUGUUACCCUUGAGGCACUAAUUAAUGCACCAGCAAGGCAAGACCAGCCACACCUCCAUCCUCAGAAGGUCAACGGAGCUUUAUGGUAUGAUUUUAGCAAUUUCAUGGGACCUUGGUGGAAUUGGUCCACAGUUCCUCAGAACAAAAAGGAUGAGUGGUGGCAGGAUUUUGUGCAAAAUUAUUACUGGGAUAAGGUGCACCACAAUUUAGUAUAUAGCAAAUGGAAGACUGAGGUUCUCGAUUCAGUUUGUGAUUGGAUUAGCUCAAAAAAGAGAGACAACAUAAAACCCAAAUACAUUAGCCAAGUAGAUUGGGACUGGAUGGUGGUGAAUUGGGCAACGGAAGAGAUGGUUGAAAAGUCCAAGACCAACACGAAAAAUCGCCUUUCUAAUCCUGAUGGCAAAGGGAUACAUAAGCAUUGUGCUGGCCCUGUUGCAUUUGCCAACAUUGAGUACAAUUUGAAGCUUAAGUCUGGGAAAGAUGAACCGGUACCAUACACAGACCUUCUACGUCAGACACACAUGCGCAAAGAUAGAACAUAUGUUGACUAUCGUGCAAAGUCCAUUGUAGAAGAAGUCGAGCUAACUGUAUCCCAACUUGAAGCUGCUGAUGGAUCUCCACUUCCUUCUCACACUCAUCUCAUCAACCAAACAUUUCUGGAGAUAAAUAAACCAAAAAAAGGUUGUAAUUAUGGACUGGGCAGCGCUCAAGAUAAAGAUGUCAGCCCAAACGAGACUUCACAUCUUACCCGCAAUCUUGACGUGGAUAUGCGGUUAUCUAGCUUGGAGACUAAUGUAGAAGCAGUUAAAGCAGAUUUGGCAAUGCUGAAAGAAAAUGUGAUGAUGCUGAAGGAUGACAUGAAGGUGGUAAAGGAAUGUGCAGCAUCAAUGAAAGCUUCAACACAUGUCAUUCUAAGGGGUAUUGGAAUUGAUCCCAUAACUCACAAAUGGAUCACACCCUCAAGUUCUCGUCCCAUGGUUAGUGAAUCAGUCCCUGCCUCCACUUCUCUACAACCUCAGAACAAUAAUAAUGAGGAAUGA